AGGUUUCUGUGAUUAUUUUUCUUAAAAAUUCAUAUUUUGGUGCUAAAGUUGGUUUUAAUAGCAAGGGGGCUGUGUCCCAAGAGAAGAGAUGCACCUUGUGGGAUUGGGGUCCACAACAGAGUCCUGCACUGGUGUCCACCCUGGCAGCAGUAGGGAAGAGGAAGGGGACACAACACCCCCCCCCCCCCCGGUCACCCUGGCAACUCUCCUCCAAUGGGAAGAGGAGAGACAACUGAAGUCCCCAGCAGCCAGUUAGACAGCACAAGACAGGCAAGCAGCAGCAUUGAAAGCAGUUUCUGACCCUGGGCCCAGCCCCGGAUGCCUGGGAAAGCAAGAGGGAGGCUACAAAUAGCCCUGCUUUCCUCCAUGUGGCAAGACUAGCCUGGGAGCGAAGCAGAGAGGAGGUCUCCCUAUAGCCGGCCAGCAUAGCACUGCCAGGCCCAGCAGUGACCUGUCUGUAACCUCAGCCCGCAGAAGAGCCUCAAGAGGGUGCAAUCUGCUCCUCCUGCCUCCUCUUGCCAGCAACAGAAGGAGACAGCCUGGUUCUCCUUCCACCACCUGCAGCCUGCUUGCCCUGCAGCCAGCCCACACCCGAUCUAGGAUUUUGGAUUCUGAGACCUGACCUGCUUGCAUCUGAACCUGCGGGUUCCAAGCUUUAAAGACUGUCAGCACUGUUCCAGAAGGGUGUGGAUGUUUUAGUUCCUCUCCAGUGAUCCCCAGGAAGGACCUGCAUGCUUGCACCAGUCUUCUGAGCACUCAGCCAGAAAAGGAACCUGAGAAAUAAAUAGACUUGGCAGAAAUAGAAAAUUUAUAUAUAUAUGAUUUUGACAGAGACCCAAGAUGUGGUUGGCUGUAGUUGUGACAUGUUUGAUCCAUGGAACUGUAUCAGUACAAGGACUUGUUGUCAAUAACACACCUUUAGAUCCUGAAACAUUUAUGAAUAUUAGUGAGAUCAUCACCUACUGGGGAUACCCCAGUGAAGAGUAUGAUGUUGUGACCGUGGAUGGCUACAUACUUCGUGUUAACAGAAUACCUCAAGGGAGAGUACGUGCUGACAACACAGGUCCAAAGCCUGUUGUGUUUCUGCAGCAUGGUUUACUUACAGAUGGCAGCACCUGGAUUACCAAUUUGCCCAAUAACAGCUUGGGCUUCAUACUGGCAGAUGCAGGCUAUGAUGUUUGGAUAGGAAACAGCAGAGGGAACACCUGGUCUAGCCGACACAUAAGCCUUUCAGUGCACCAAAAGAAAUUCUGGGCUUUCAGCUUUGAUGAACUAGCUAAAUAUGACCUUCCAGCAGUGAUUAAUUUUAUUGUGCAGAAAACUGGACAACAGCAGUUGUAUUAUGUUGGCCAUUCACAAGGCACCACUAUAGCUUUCAUAGCAUUUUCAACCAUGCCCCUGCUGGCUCAAAGAAUCAAAAUGUAUUUUGCCUUAGCUCCUGUAGUCACAAUGAAAUAUGCCAAAUCCCCAUUGACAAAGCUUGCAUUACUUCCCAAUUCAAUUAUCAAGAUUUUUUUUGGGAAUAAAGAUUUCUUACCCCACACUUACUUUGGUGAGGUGGUUGCUGUUGAAUUUUGCCGCCAUAUGAGUUUAUCAGAGAUUUGUGGUAAUAUCCUGUUUGUGCUGUGUGGAUUUAAUGAGAAGAACUUAAAUAUGAGCCGAGUACAUGUGUAUACAGCACAUGCCCCAGCGGGAACAUCUGUACAAAAUAUGAUUCAUUGGAAACAGGCAAUUAAAACUGGUAAACUAAAAGCUUAUGACUGGGGAACCUGGUUCAACCGUUUGCACUAUAAUCAGGAUACUCCUCCAUUAUAUAAUGUGAAGCGCAUGAAAGUUCCAACUGCAAUGUGGAGUGGUGGAAAUGACUGGCUCGCUGACCCUAAGGAUGUUGCCCUUCUGCUCCCACAAGUCACUAAUCUGGUUUACCACAAGGCAAUUCCUGACUGGAACCAUUUGGAUUUCAUCUGGGGCCUGGAUGCACCUCAGCACAUGUAUAAUGGAAUCCUUGACUUGAUGAGGAAAAACCCAUGAAAAUAAUGUGGCUGUAGGAUCAAGGAUUUGAUUAAUUUCUGUUGAUAUCUGUUUUUCUUGAUUUUUAGUGAACUACAAAACUGUUUGCAUACAAAACAUAAUGGUCUAUAUUCACUAUAUUUACUUUAAUAAGAUUUCUUUAAUGAUCUUAAAUAUUAGGUCAGCAGCAUAUACGUAUCCAAAGAAAGUAAUUCAACUAGCAACGUACAUUUUAAAAGCACCACACACAAGUUUUAAGUCUUCUGCUUUCUAAAGUAUGUGUCGUAAAUUAAAUACAUCAUGAAUAGGAGGGUAGAUCUGCUUCCAAGAUGAUUUUCUUAGCUGGUGUCUGGAUGACCGUUUCUGUAAGGUGAAUUGAAUGCAUGGGGCACAACUGAUACAUGUGGCUAAACUAGACACGCAAUCACACACCCAAAUUCAGAAAAGCACCCAAGUUGUUAAUUACUUUUUAAAUAUGUAAUUCCUUUGUCCCUGGAACUAUGCUGAUUUUAAUGCAGCUGAGGAUCUGGGCCAGAUUUUAUUUCAUGGUACCAGUCAGCCACCUAGGGUCAGGGUCAAUACUCCUGUCACAUGACCAAAAGUCAUUCUGUACUAAUCCCAGUGAUUAUCAAUACAGACCAUGAAGAGAUCCAGUAGGCAUGUCUUUUUAUUGUCCCCUUGAAGAAGAAGGUAGUAGAAAAAGGCUAUUAGGAGGAGAUUGUUCUAUAUACGUAUUAGCUGACGUGUGCCAUUAACUAAAAAUAAAUCUCUGUAACUGUAAUCUAUCAUCUCUAUUUACAUAGCUUUUGAAUUCAAUAAAAGUAAAGUUCUUUAAGUGUUCAAA